UACCAAGUUUAGCAAACGAUUAAUUAGCGAGUUUUUUCUUUAUAUUCGAUAAGUAAGUGGUUCAGGGAUGUUUUGAAUAAGAGAUUUAUGAAGUUUCCUAAUUAAAAUUGAAAUUAUAGGUCGAGUAUUACCAAGAAUUUGCGAGAAACAAUUUGUUCAACCGACAAGUUAAAAAAGAAGAUCAUUAAUUUUUGAGCUGUGCGAAAAAGUCGUCUGCUGCAGAAAUUUCUUCAUUACGGUGAGAACAAAUUUCUCAAAAAUUAAUGAGAUGCCGUCAUCCAAAGAAGAUGAACAUAACCGCGAAAGCACCGGGUACGAUUGCGCAGUGUGCGAAAGACCAAAUCAUGCCGACAGCAAUAUGGUCUGCUGUGAGAAAUGCCAGAAUUGGUACCAUUUCAUGUGCGCAAACGUGACCGCUGGCGUUGAGAACCGCUCGUGGAUGUGCAAGGAUUGCUUAAACCAAGGAACUGGCGAUACAUCCCAGCACAGUGGCACAGUCGUGGAUGUUUCUGAUGUGUCAGGGAAGGAGCCAUCCAACGCUGCCGAUCCGAAGGCUGCUAAGACGUUACCGGACAACGAGCAGGAUCCAGAUUCAGACCAGGAAAAGGCAGAGGUGCAGCAUCAAGAAGAAUUGCGGAGGAUGAGAGCCAAUUUCGAGCGGCAGCUGCAACGGGAGAAAGAGAAGAUGGCAUUGAAGAUUCGCCUGGAAAGAGAAAUGCUGCUCAGGAAGAAAGAGGUAGAAGCAGAAUUCAUCAAGAUGCGGAGUGAGUUGCACAAGGAAUUCGAGUGUGUAACGGACCAAAUGGACCAAGAGGAGGGCGCCAUAGGAGGUAAAUGUGUAUCAAAUCAAGCACAGGCGGAAACGGAUUUAGAGGAAGUGUGGAGGGACAAGUUCAAAUUCCCGGACGAUCGAAGCAAGCCAGCCGAUGAUUUCCGUGGGGCUUUUCCACAAUCUUCUACAUACACCCAAAGACGCUCCGCCGCAACGGUAUGCUAUAAACAACCGCCAACCAGCGCUCGAACAGCGGGUUCAAAAUCCUCACCAAGGAGAACCGGAGUUGACCAAAGCUCAGAUAGCGGCAAGGAAGGGUCCAUUUGCGAAGCUCCCCAUUUUCACUGGCCGGCCAGAGGAGUGGCCUUGGAGUGGCCGUUGUUUAUAAGCAGUUUUAACAACGGUAACGCUGCGUGCAACUGGACGGACCUCGAAAAUCUCGGCAGGCUUCAAGAGAGCAUUCGAGGACCAGCGCUGGAAGCAGUGAGGAGCAGACUACUGUUGCCAGAAUCAGUACCGCGGGUCAUUGACACGCUUCGCCUUCUAUAUGGUCGUCCGGAGCAGUUGCUGCAUUCACUGAUGCAGAAAGCGAGAAAAGCGGAUUCACCCCGUGCUGAUCGAUUGGGUACAUUUAUCCACUACGGCAUGGUCGUUCAACAAUUGUGCGACCACCUGACUGCAUCUGGACUAGUGGAUCAUCUGGUGAACCCCAUGCUAAUCACUGAGCUGGUAGAAAAGUUACCUCCCAAUACAAAGAUGGAAUGGGUCAGGUAUAAACGUCUGCAGCACGCAGUAGACUUGAGCACCUUUUCCGAUUUCCUCUCGAUUAUCGUCUCGGAAGCCACCGAAGCAACGCUCUACACGGAUCUUCACGUGGAUGGGCGUCCCAACCGGGACAGGAAGGAAAAGAAAUCCAGGGACCAUGAAGGAUAUCUCAAUGCACACAUUGGCGUUGAACAUCCGCCACAUCGGUCUCCAAAUCAACACAAGGUCGAAGGUCAACAAACUAUACGCAAACCGUGUCGAGGAUGCAACAGUCUUGAACACCGGACCCGUUCAUGUGAGGAUUUCCAGCGGCUAGCCUUUAACGACAGGCUGAAGAUUACGGAGAAGUGGAAAAUGUGCCAGUUGUGCCUAAACGAGCACGGACAAACACGCUGCCGAUUCAAGGGGCACUGCAAUGUGGGAGGUUGCAAAGAACGACACCAUCCCCUUUUGCAUCCACCGAACCCCCCAGUGACGUUAUCGACAAACUGUCACGUACAUGGCUCUGAACAGCACCCGAUCAUUUUCAGGAUGGUUCCGAUCAAGCUGCAUCAUGAAGGACGUUCCCUGGACGUAGUCGCCUUCUUGGACGAAGGGUCAUCCUAUUCGCUGAUGGAGAGUACCGUGGCAGAUCAACUGAAACUGAAAGGAACCUGGGAACCCAUUCUUGUCAAGUGGACGGCAGGAAUGAGUAGGCUCGAAAGAGAUUCAAGAUGCGUGAACAUAUCGAUUUCGGCAGCCGGGUCGAAAGAAAAAUACCUGCUACGGAAUGUCCAUACAGUGAAAGAACUUCAGCUCCCGGAGCAGAGGAUUCGUUUCGCGGAAGUUGCAGCUCGAUUCAAACAUCUCUGUGGGCUACCAGUAGCAGACUGUUCAAGUGGCUCCCCUAAAGUGCUCAUCGGUUUGAAACACUUGCACGUGUACGCCCCACUGGAGUCGCGGAUCGGCAACCCUGGCGAGCCAAUAGCUGUUCGUACCAAACUCGGCUGGACUAUAUACAGCCCACAAGGCAACGACGACAUGGCAACAGGAUUCGCAGGUCAUCAUUCAGCCGGUGAUGUUACUGAACUAGAUCUACAAGAACUACUUCGAAAGCACUUCACACUGGAGGAAUCUGGCCUGGACGUCAAAGUGCUGCCAGAGUCGGCUGAAGACUGCAGAGCAAAGGAAUUGCUGGAGCAAACUACUAUCCGUGUCAGAAAACACUUCGAGACUGGACUUCUGUGGCGAAGCGACAACCCGCAGCUACCGGAUAGUUUCCCUAUGGCACUGAAACGUAUGAAGAGUCUGGAGCGGAGAUUAGGAAAGGAUUUGGAGCUAAAACGGAAUGUGGAUAGGCAGAUCGAAGACUACCAGAAAAAGGGUUACGCUCAUAUUGCUACGAACACCGAACUGAUGAAAGCUGAACCGGGAAAGGUCUGGUAUCUUCCUUUAAACGUGGUCCUCAACCCCAAAAAGCCGGGAAAGGUCCGACUGGUAUGGGACGCAGCCGCGUCCGUUCAAGGAAAGUCGCUCAAUUCCGAGCUGCUGAAGGGUCCUGACCUUUUAUCCAGUCUGCCGUCUGUAUUAUGCCCUUUCCGAGAGCGUCCCGUAGCCUUCGGAGGUGAUAUAGCUGAAAUGUAUCACCAGCUGCGAAUUCGAUCGAGUGAUAAAUCAGCACAAAGGUUCCUAUAUCGUACGAACGCUUCAGGCCCUCCCGUAACCUAUGUCAUGGAUGUCGCCACCUUUGGCUCAACCAGCUCGCCCUGCUCGGCACAGUUUAUAAAAAACCGAAAUGCGCAGGAACAUGCUGACAAAUUUUCGGAGGCUGUAGACGCUAUAGUCAACAAACACUACGUGGAUGAUUAUUUUGAUUCCACUUUCACUGUAAGCGAGGCUAUCAAACGAGCAGAGGAGGUAGCAUUCAUCCAUUCCAAUGCAGGGUUCCAUAUUAGAAAUUGGGUCUCCAACAGUGAAGAAUUCCAACAACAUUUCGGUCGAAAUCCGGAGAAUCACGUUGUUCACUUCGCAAGCGAUAAAUCUGGUGGCAAUAGUACGGAGAGAGUUCUGGGUAUGUCCUGGAAUACAGCGAAAGAUGUCUUCGUUUGCUCAACUGUUCUACGCGACGAUCUGCAAGCAUAUUUGACCGAAAGGAAACUUCCAACCAAACGGGCCUUGUUGAGUGUGGUCAUGAGCUUCUUCGACCCCCUCGGCCUGUGGGCGCCGUUCACCGUACUCGGCAAAAUCAUCGUUCAAGAUCUCUGUAGGAAUGGUUGUUCGUGGGACGAGAUAAUUGACGAAGUCUCGGCAAAGAAGUGGUUUCGAUGGAUUGCGCUACUCCCGAGUCUUCAGACUAUGGAAAUUCCGCGUUGCUACUUCGCCGAUGCAAAAUCAUCAGAUUAUCAGGACCUCGAAUUGCACGUGUUUGCAGAUGCCAGCGAAGAUGCAUAUGGGUGCGUCGCUUAUUUCCGCCUGUUGGUGAAAGGACAACCGAGAGUAGCACUAGUAUCAGCGAAAUCGAAAGUCGCUCCUCUGCAAUACAUGUCCAUCCCCAGGAUGGAACUCCUUGCUGCGGUGCUUGGUGCAAGACUGGCAGCUUCCGUGAAGUCCAACCACUCAGUACAGAUAAAAAGAGUGUUUUACCAUAUCGACUCCGCUACGGUACUUUCAUGGAUCCGCUCGGACCAUAGGAGGUAUAAACAAUUUGUGGCUUACCGUAUCGGAGAUAUUUUGAGUCUAACCAAUCCAAACGAAUGGGGCUGGGUCGCAACCAAGAACAAUAUUGCCGAUGUGUUAACAAAAUGGGGAAAGAAUGGACCACCUUUGGAGACCGGAAGCGAAUGGGUGCGUGGCCCUGACAUCCUUUAUCAAUCACAACAGGACUGCUAUCAACGAGGAUUGCCGCCCCCUGGUGUCAAAGAAGAACUGCGAGCAUACCAUCUGUUCCACGAAGUCUCGUUUUCCAAAACUCUGAUAGACACCACUCGUUUCUCCCGCUGGACCGUUUUGGUGAGAAGCGUUGCCUGUAUCUUCCGUUUCAUUUCAAACUGUCGGAAAAAGGUAAAGAAACAGCCGAUUGAAACCAUACAAGCAACGCCAAGUCUGGUGAAGAUGCUGAAGAGUCAGGUUUCAUCAUUAAAGUCACCCCUUAAGCGCGAUGAACAUCAAGCGGCAGAAAACUACCUGUGGAGAAUAGCGCAGCAAGAAGGAUUUCCCGACGAAAGAAAGACGUUGUUGAAAAACAGUGAACUACCCCAAUCGAAAUGGCACCGAAUUGAACGUUCCAGCCCACUCUACAGGUUGGCUCCAUUUUUGGAUGCGGAAGGCGUAAUCCGGAUGGAAGGUCGAGCAGCGUACGCAGAGUUCAUCUCGUUCGAGCAGCGUUUCCCAAUUGUACUCCCGAAAGGCCACGACAUCACAUCGAAACUCCUUCUACACUAUCAUAAAAAGUUUGGCCACGCGAACCGUGAAACAGUUGUGAACGAGCUGCGUUUGAGAUUCUACGUUCAAAAUAUUCGUGCGGCCAUUUUGCAAGAUGGCUCCGUUACCGGUGCAGCGUCUCACUCCUCAGUUACGGCCGUUUAG